UGUAGUAAAUUGAAGUACUAUAACUAUGGUUAUAAGCUAAGGUGUGUGAUAAUGGAUUGAGCGUGCAUUGGCUUGAUCCUAAUUCUAUCAUAUACAAUUAAUUGAUCGUGUUGUAUGUAUAGUAGAGGUUAGAUCUCUCCAAGUCAAAAUCUCGAUCCGAGUAACAUGGUAUAUCUCUCCCAGGUAUCCUAUGAACUAGUUGGUUAACUUGUUGAAUAGAUGGAUGUCCAUCCUAAUCCUAGGGAGCUUUCACCUUAUGGCGAUUUGGUGUUCCCCGAACCGACGCCGCUCCUGCCUCCAACAAAAAUGCUUUACGCUAUAAAUGAAAACAAUUAUUGGUCAAAAAACAGGAAAAGGGGUUUGGGUUUUGUUACGCUGUUCAACCUGCAUGACUCUUUUGACAUAUAGAUCCUUUGAUGGGCAGUGGUGAGGAGUGUGGUUUGGUAGGGUGCCAAUGUCAGCCACAUGAGGAGGGUUUAGUGUAAGUGAAGGAGGAUGUGGUGAAGUUAACAAGAGAGUUUCACAAGAGGACAGAGAAUUAUACAGCUAUGUGUGCAAACUGCAACAUUUAUUGCUCUAGUCCUGAAAGAUGAAGAGCAAUUGCAUCGUGUGGUACAGGAGUUGGAGAACCUGGUGAGUUUAUUUGGCUAAGUAUUGUGAAUUUAUACUUAAUGCAGGGAGGAGAAGAUAGAUCCAUCUAAGUAUAAGAUCCAUUACGUUGUUAUUCAAUUAGAUCUUUGUCUUUUUCUUUGUGGUUAGAGACAGACACACCUCAGUUCAAUAGUUGCAAUGCAUUCCUGUUCGUGUAAGUUUUGUAUUCCUUUUGUUCAGUUUUUUGAGACAUGAUAACAUAUUUGGAGCAACUUACAUCAUCAGGAUUUCCAAAUUCUAUCACUGGGAUUGGUGUAAGGAAGAAGAGAUUGAUGUAUGUGAGGGUAUGGGGCUACUUGUUUGUUCCUUUAGGGGUUUCAGCCCGUGAAAUGCUGCUCAUUUACAGAGCUCAUGGAUGAUAGCGUGUUCCUUGUAAUCGGUAGGGUUUUUGUGCCUCGGGAGUCUGUCUCUCUCUUGGUAUUUGUGAGAUUUAGAGAUGGAAUGAUUAUGAUUGGAUUUUCAGAGGAUAGAUGGAAGAUGGUUUUGGCCAGAAUUUGGUGGACUGCUAUUUCUUGUGCCAUGCUUGGGAAUAGAAAAUUUAAAUUUGACUUUACUGAAUUAAAAAGGAAGUGAUUAGAUAAUCAAACUCAAAAUCCUCCUAGUAUGGUGCUUAGCCUUAAUUGUGAUAGAGGUUGAAAAGGCAGGUAAGGGUGCAGUGGGGUGGGUGCAUCACUUACUGUGGGGUUAGAUGGAUUUGAUGGAAGCAAAGAACUUCACUGAUUUGGUGGCUUCUCCUUGUGGGGGAAAUUUUGGAUCUUUCUUGGAGUUGUUACUUUUGAACCUCAUGCACAUUGAUGCCUUUUUAGAGGCUGCCCUCUUACCUAUUUGGGUUAUUGUCAGUUCGGAGCGAAAUAGUUGACUUUGGAAAUUUUUAGCACUUUUUUUAAGGAGGUUUUUUUAUUGAAAUGAUAUAAAAGGUAAACCCUGCAGUAAUAACUGGGAUCGUUUAAGCCCUUCAGUGAUAUUUUCCCAAGAAUAAAAAACGCUUAUUUCCUAGCUCAAGAGUGAAUGCAAAACUAAAUCUGCAUUUGAAUGGUACUGUUUAUGUUUGUGAAAUCUUUGAUCAAGACAACUUUGUUGUUAUUGCCAAUAAAAUUAAAAUUACUAACUUACAAAAUGUAUUCUUGUAUUUGUUUUCUAUGCAUGUGUGUCUGCAAAAAUGAUGGAAAUAUACUGCAUGAGAAACAACUGGUUUCAUGCUACAUUUGGUAAAAACUUACCCAAAAAGAUAAUAUGGUGAGAAGAGUAGGUGUUUGCUCUCAUUGUUGAAGGAAUACUCUUUUGGGGUGAGAUACAGUCACUUUCUAAUACCUUGUUAUUGUAGUCUGACUAUCUUCUCACAGUUUGCGUGUGUUUUUGUGGGCAUGUGCAUGUUCUAUUCUGAUUAGAAUGCUGUAUUCUGGAGCUUCUAGUAAGUUUUGAUUUUUUAGAAAUAUAUGAUUAUAUCAUGAUUUAAAAGCUGCCAAGUUAGAAAUGCAAAUGCUAACUUGAAAACUUCUUCCCCUCCCCAUUUCACGCGCGCACACACAUAAUCCUUUUGCUCAAAGUAUGUUAUGGAUUAGAAGUUGCAAAGGAGGCCAAUUAAGUGGCCGACACUCUAGCUAAACAAGGAGCAUUGCUGCCUACGCCCUAACUGCAUCAUCUGGUUUUUCUUUUUUGGCUACUGUUUUUCUUAAUAUUCUGUAAUAGCAGUGUUUGUACCUUUUUGCCCUUUUUCUUUUUUGCCGGCACGACACCUCUGAGUGUGCGUUUUUGUAUAUUGCAAAAUACAAAGUCAACAGUUUAAAAAAAAGAGGUAGUUACAAAUGCUCUCUUAAAGGUUCAGACUCUCUCUCUCUCUCUCUCUUUCUCUCUCUUUGAGAUACUCACAUGCUUUCUUAGGAGAUUUUUGAUGAGCUGGUCCAAGGCUACAGGAAUGAAAUGGAACUUGGUACACUGUGCAAAGAUGGCUCUGAACGAAGACUGAUUCAAUAUUGCGGAUAUGCAAGUAAAUGUGGAAGCUCCAGUAUAGUUGUGACCCAAGCAAAGACUGGUCAAAUGGUUGAAGGAAAAGCUCAGUUCCAAGUGACCAUCAGCAACAGUUGUGAGUGUCCUCAAUCGGAUGUCUUGAUCGGAUGCUUGGGGUUCAAUAGCGUUGGACCUUGGCCUAACCCUUCGAUCUUUCGGAAACUGAGGGACUCGAGUUGCGGUGUUAACAAUGGCAAGCGAAUCGUUCGUGGGUCUCCUGUCAAAUUCACUUAUGCAUGGGACUACCCUUCUGAUCUCCCUGUGGUGGGGGCCCGAGCUCGGUGCUCUUAGUAUAUUUGCAAUGGAGGCCUCUUUUCUUCCUUCUUUUUCCUCUUGAUAUAUAGGCUUCGUGGCUGGAUGUUUUGGUUUCCUAAUAAAACAUAACACGGUUGCUUUGUCAAUGAUAUAACUGCAGUUUGAUGGUUUUAGGACUUG